AGGAAAAACAAUAUUUCACAGUGUCCAGCAGGGGGUAGAAGAGAGCCGUGUGAUGAGUUGGUGUCCCGUUUUGUUCUCAUUCCCCCUCCAUCAUUUUACGGAGGCCGCGAGCGCGACAUGUGUCGAAUAAAAAAAAUAAAAGUAAGUGCGCCCUCGCUUCCAUGUGAGCGCUCACUACUCUCGUGUCCCGGCGCUCGCGCACGCGCGAACGUCUAAGUGCGUGUGUAUAUGUGUGUGUAUGUGUGCGUACUAGCCCGCCCCCGCGCGUGUGUGUGUUGUGUGCGCGUGUGUAUGUUGUUAUUAUUAUCCUCCCGCCUGCCCGCGCCUCUCCUCUCCGCUCCGCUCCGCUUGUCUCCGGCGCGCUCGGCUCAGAAUGGCCAGAUUCACGCAGAGUGAAGUGAGGCGGCAGCAUCAGCAUCAGCAGCAUCAGCAGCAGCAUCAGACUCCCCCGCAGCCCGCCCACGCCAGCGCGCUCCUCGGCGCGUCACCCGCACCACUGUCAGCAGCCCCGAGCCCACAGCACGCGCACCUCGCGCUCCCCAAGCCCAUGAGCGGCCCCGAGUCCGGCUCCGUGAUCCACGCCGACGGCGGCGCCAUGAAGGACCAGGACGCCAUCAAGCUCUUCGUGGGCCAAAUUCCACGCAACCUCGAGGAGAAGGACCUCAAACCGUUGUUCGAACAGUUCGGCAAGAUCCACGAGCUCACCGUGCUGAAGGACCGAUACACCGGCAUGCACAAAGGCUGCGCGUUCCUCACCUACUGCGCUCGUGAGUCAGCCAUCAAAGCCCAGAAUGCACUGCACGAACAGAAAACUCUGCCAGGGAUGACACGGCCUAUUCAGGUUAAACCAGCUGACAGCGAGAGUCGUGGAGAGGACAGGAAGCUGUUUGUCGGCAUGCUGAACAAACAGCAGACAGAGGAGGACGUGUACCGCCUUUUCGAGCCUUAUGGAGUGAUAGAAGAGUGCACUGUAUUGAGGGGUCCUGACGGAAACAGCAAAGGAUGUGCCUUUGUUAAGUUCUCCACACACACCGAGGCUCAGUCAGCAAUCAGUGGCCUCCAUGGGAGCCAGACCAUGCCUGGAGCAUCCUCUAGUCUGGUAGUGAAGUUCGCAGACACCGAUAAGGAGAGGACCAUCCGCCGCAUGCAACAGAUGGUCGGACAGUUUGGCAUCUUCAACCCUGCUGUGGCUCUGCCAUUCAGCACAUACAGCAGCACCUACAGCACCUACACACACGCUCUGAUGCAGCAGCAGGCGGCCAUAAUGGCUGCGUCUCAUGGUGGCUACCUGGCACCCAGCAUGGCAUUUCCAGCUACACAGAUCCACCAAGUGGGGGCGAUCAACAUGAAUGGCCUGCCGCCCACUCCCAUGACUCCAGUGUCAGCUUGCUGGACUGGCAGAAUCAACCAUUGGCUGAGUUCUCCUCCUGCUAACCUGGCAUCCUCAGCCAUGCCCAGCAUAGUGACACCCAUCGUUAAUGGCUUCACUGGAAUCCCACCGCAGCCCAACGGUCAUCCUGUAGAGGCGGUUUACACCAACGGCCUGCCACCUUACUCUACCCAGAGCCCCACUGCCGCCGACACACUACAGCAGGCCUUCACUGGUGUCCAACAAUACACAGCCAUUUACCCCACCACCACACUGACCCCUAUAGGCCAGACACUGCCACAGCCGCCUCAGGUCAUUCAGCAGCAGCAACAGCAGAGAGAAGGACCAGAGGGCUGUAAUCUCUUCAUCUACCACCUGCCACAGGAAUUUGGUGAUAAUGAACUGAUGCAGAUGUUUCUGCCUUUCGGCUCCGUCAUCUCCUCCAAAGUGUUUAUGGACCGAGCUACCAACCAGAGCAAGUGUUUUGGCUUUGUGAGCUUCGAUAACCCUGGAAGUGCUCAGGCAGCCAUCCAGGCCAUGAACGGCUUCCAGAUCGGCAUGAAGCGCUUGAAAGUGCAGCUCAAACGGCCAAAGGACGCCAGCCGUCCCUACUGACCCUCACCCAGGACACACAAACACACACACACAGCUGACAGCACAGGUUUUGAACAGUCUUGACAUCUGUAACAGAUGGAAGACUUUACUUGCAAAACCACAACGGAAAAGUGACCAACAAGAAAAAAAAAAGAAGAAGAAGAAGAAAAAAAAAGAAAAGAAAUGCAGCCUACAAAAUAAGUACAUGAUUUUUUUUUUUUUUUUAAAGAAAAGAAAAACAUAUCAGAUUUGACUUUGCGUGCAACACCACGGCGAUGAGAAGUUUAGGGAACAACGUGGCAGGGAACGUCAGUAUCAAGAGGACUGAAGCCAGCAACGAGAAAGCCAAACAGAACAAAAACAUUUUUCCUUGGAACAAAAAAAAAAACAAAAAACAGAUAGAACACUGUUUGAAAGACAGAUUUUGGAUUGAUGCUGAAUAAGCCACAGUUCUCACGAAGAAAUUGAACGACACCCGUGGCUUUUACUUUUAUGGACUAAUGAGGGUUUAAUCUCCAAGGUAAAAAAAAAAAAAAGAAAAGAAAAAGAAGAAGAAGAAACAUUUCGUCAUUUGGACGGAUGUAAGAAUUCUCUCUGUAUCUCGUUCUCUCUUUUUUCUGCAGAGCUCUUGUAUAUGGCUCAUUAGAAGUUCCACAGAAGCAGUAUCGUCGCAAAUCUUUCUCUCGCUUUCCUUUCCCUUCUUUUGAUCCCUCCCUCUCUCUCUCUCUCUCUCUCUCUCUCUCUCUCUCUCUCACCCAUGGCCCCUUUGGGGUCCAGAGGACCAAAACUUUUUAAUCUCUAUCUAUAGUAACGUUCAAUAUUAUCACUGAUUAUCAUCUUAUGAUACAGGAUAUUGCGUAAAAUAUUACAAUUAUGAGUUAGAGAAAAAUACUUCAGGGUGUAUAGUGUAUGUAAAAAAAAAAAAAAAGAAAUCAGGGGGGUUCUCUUUCGUUGUGAAUAAACUAGGUUACAGGUUCAAGGAGCAAAGCUACGGUGAUGGUUAUUGAUCUAGAAUGGGAUACGCGUUGACAUGAGAGGUUCGUUCUCCUUUCUUGUUCACAGCCACCGCUCAUUUUUCCAAAGGUCACUCUUAUUAAAUAUUGAACAAAAAAUAACUUUAACGGGAGAUCCAUGAUUUCACUUAUAGACAUAAUCAUUUUAUUCGCUGUGUCAAGAGUGAUUCAGUUUCAGUGCUUUAACACAAGCGGAGAAAUUUACAAAUCUAAAUUGAAUUUUAGCAUUAGCGUAUUUUCCCUAAAGCUAAUCCACCGUAAACAGACAUAUCGCUCACAGAACUGAAAGAAAACAAACAAUAAGCCCUAGUGUCUCACUCACAUCAUUAUUCUGUUCUCUAUCCAUGCCUUAUUUUAAUAAAUGUGAAUUAACAGUGUACCACUUAUACCUAGAACUAUAACCAUGCAGUUCGAAUAUAUAAUUAGGGCUAAUGCAUGCUGAGUUUGGAAAUGCAGUUUUUUUUUUUCGUUUUUAGAUCAGUAACCCAUUUCCUAAAAGAUUUCCGCCAACAGUAAAAUGCACACCGGUAUGCCGAGUAUUCACACACCUUUACAUUAUGUCUGCGUUUUUCACGUUUCGACACGUUGAAGCUUUCUUGUAUGUCACGGUAUCGCUUGGAUACUAAACGAAGCGGACAAGAAUGCAAUUUAAAACAUACACAGACUACACAUAUUUACAUUGUAGUGGGUUGAGCCAUGGUUUCAAAACAGCUAAUUUCUGCCAAAACCACUGACUAUACCUUUAACAUCCUCUUUGCCGUGCCAAAAAACGACAAGUCUGCUUCUCUCAGUUAUUCAUGACGCCAGCUUACGCUACAGUGACGUCACUAUCUUGUAAAUGUUAACUCCGUUUGAAUCUUGCAUGUAGAAAUUUCUACUGUACUAACACCGAAAUAGAAAUUAGACAAAGGUAGAUGCUAUUUUUAAAAUAAUCUGCUUUUUUGAGAUAACACAAAUCUUUUUUUUUAGAUUAGAUAUAGGCAUCUGCUUCACAUACAUUAUCGUAAAAGUAAUAAAGAGAAUUAAGGGGAAAGGAUCGGUGCAUUUCAGUAGAUAUAGGAUGAGGUGUGGCUGCUGCUGAACACUCAGUGACUCGGCUGUAUUAUACUGACACAUUCCUUAUUGCAUUUGAGGCAUGAUUUCAUUUAAGGUCGGCAUCAGAAUUUAGACUUUGAUACUGUGUUGUUAUCCUGGGUUCGAACCCGAACACAAGACUGAAACAGAUAAUAUAAUACAUUCAAACCAAAUCUCUCACUGCCCUUGGAUUACUGUGCUCAUUGGACCUAAAGAUUAAGGACCAAGUAACAUCCUGGAUGUCAGAAUGCUGAAAAAUUAUACCAUUUAAUAACGUAAGGUAACGGAAGAUAAAGAAAGGAUUUCUGUUUCCAGAUAAAACCACAGACAAAGCUUAAGCAAUUAUUUAGCAUUUAUUUUAAUAAGCAUUUUGUAAACUGCC